CUUCUACGAAGAGAAAAUACCAGUUGAAAGCACUGAAAAACGAAAAGCAAACGUAACCGCCGAAUCACCCGACUGUUUUUUGGUUGGGCUACCAAUGGAGACAGCGGCUGCCGGCGGUGCCCUCGGCGGGGAUGAUCUAGCUUCUUCAUCUCCCAUCACAGCCAUAUCUCGGUGGACCUUUGCUGUGUCGCAGCGGUACCAGUACUUCCUGGACAAGACUGUCCCACACAUCUUCUACCGCUGGAUCGCCUGCCUGGCGUUGCUAUUCUUCUACUCCCUGCGCGUCUACUUCGUCCAAGGCUUCUACAUCGUCACCUACGGCCUCGGCAUCUACAUGUUGAAUCUUCUUAUCGGGUUUCUUUCCCCUCAGGUUGACCCCGAGAUUGAAGAUGGACCUACCCUCCCGACUCGUGGAUCGGACGAGUUCAGGCCCUUCGUUCGCCGCCUCCCGGAGUUCAAGUUCUGGUACUCGAUUACAAAGGCUUUCUGCAUUGCUUUUGUUAUGACAUUCUUCAGCAUGUUUGAUGUACCUGUAUUCUGGCCCAUACUGCUUUUCUACUGGCUUUUACUAUUCAUUCUGACCAUGAAGAAGCAGAUACUGCACAUGAUCAAAUAUAAAUAUGUCCCUUUCUCAUUUGGGAAACAGCGAUAUGAUGGAAAAAGGGCACCUUCAGCUGAAAGUGCAAGCACUUCUAAGGAUUGACUUAGGUAGUAGGAUCAAUGUUGCUUCACUUAAGUUAUAUAUCAGAGGUGGUCCGGCCUUUCCUUUUCAGUAUCCCCCACUUCAGUUUACUUUUGACAGCUUAAGAUCUGCAGGGAUGUGCUGGUAUAUGUUGUCUCUGAGACUAACAAUGGGACACAGAAUAAUUAUUCUUUUCCCUGGCAAUUUUCUGGGUCACCAUUCAGAUAUCGUCAAAAUUUCAGCUGGCUAAUUCAUGUAUAGGAGAGGCAUGUGUUGCUUAGGCCUUCAUCCCAUGACUUGUACUUACAACAAUAUCAGUUAAGGAGUGCAAUUAGUUUUCUCAAGUUCAAUUUUGAAAAUUGUACUUUUCUUUAGUUGAAAUAUGGAAUUGCCCUCCUGUUUGUUACAAUGCAAUGCCUAUCAGCUGAGCAGGUUUUAUGAUCUUUUAGUUUCUGGGUCUCACAUUUUUCUUAU